CUGGGUAUUACUCGAUCUUAUAGUAUAAUACAUUAUUCCUAUUAAUAUAUGCAAACCUUCAAUUCUUGGCUAGCUUAGCUUAUACGUAUUGAGAAAGUGCAUGACAAUGAGUGCUCAAAAUGAUGUCCUUCUUGUACUAGUAGUCAUGAUGAGCAUAUUCGUCAAACCUCAAGAAGCAUGCAGAUUAUUAGUUCCUCGUGACGACGACUACCAUCUCUAUUUAUUACCAUCUCUUCCAUGGAAGCCGCCGACCACCCCUCCGCCCCUGAAUCUAGACGCCGCUACGUCACCGGGUUAUUCCGGCGGCGUAAGCUUUGGUGAUACGAUGACAAAUAAUAAACGUCGUUUACUGUCCCCAACUUUGUGGAAAAAGAAUGCGGCGGUCAAACCUACGGCGGCGUCAAACUCAGCGCCGGUCGGGUAUGAGUAUCUUUUGCUUCCAUCUCUGCAAUGGAGGAUGCCAACUCCUCCGGGCCGCAGUGAAGAGGGUAACGGGCAUUGACGUACGUGGGUAACUUACUACUACGGCCGGCCGGAAUCCAAUGGGCUUUUGGAUACGGUCUCCUACUAAAUUAUAGAGAUAAUUCCCUAAAUAGGAGUAAAAAUGUUUAGAAAUUCCAAAAUAGGGGUAUCAUGUUUUUUAUUCUCCGAAUAAGAGUAAAUUUCUGCCAAGUUUGGUUUUACAAGGCUUUAAAGAUGGCAGUUUCUUUCAAACUUGGCAGAUUACUCAUAUUCAAGGAAUAAAAAACAUAAUACUCCUAUUAUACGAUGUAUUACAUACAGGGCGAACCUCUUAUUGAGGCAAAGAGGUAAUUGCCUUAGGCCCCAAAAUUUUAUUAAAAAAUGCGGGCCCAUAAAUAAUUUUUGUAUUUUAUAUAUACAAUUUUUGUAUUUUAUAUUAAAAUAGCAGGAAUACAAAUAAUAUCAAUCAAAAUAAUAUCAUGCAUGCA